AACUUUCUUUGCUGUAGUACAGUGAGAGUAUCCUUUAGUCCAGCUUUGUGCUCUCCUGUGUGAGGGGAUUCUAACAACACCAGACCCCUUAGGAGUAGCAAACCAGUUCUCCCCAAAUCUCCCCCUUCCUUCCCUCCUUUCUAGUUCUACGUGAGGAGCAGGAGGAGUUUGAAAAGUAGACAAUCCGCAAAACUUACACAGCACCAAAGAAGAAAACUAAACCCACUCCCUGAGGCCCCCAAGAGCUAGCAAUCCAUUGGGGCCUCUGGGGGUGAGACCUCAAAAUGGAUAGAAGGCUGAUUUUUCUUUCUGUUUCUCUCUGCUGCUUGGGGUGGAUGCCAGCCUCCGGACAGGUGGAGAAGGUCAGAGUCAUGUUCACACCCAUGAUCUGCCGUGUUCACUGCGUGGGGGGCCGAUGCAGGAACCAUUGUGAAAAAGGGAACAUGACCACAGUCUACAGCGACGAGGUCGCAAGAAACAACGGGGAGAAUGGAUUUCGAGCCUUUCUCUGCCCAAUGCUGUGCCAGAAUGGUGGUGUAUGUAUGAAAAAGGACCAGUGUUUGUGCCCACCAAGCUUCACAGGAAAGUUUUGCCAGAUUCCUGUAUCCCCUGGGAAUGGGAUAGCUGCUUACACCAUAAAGAACAGCAGCGUGGAGCAGAAUUCACAAAAGAAAUCUGUGCACACUUUACCUCUGUCCAACCACAAGCCAGAAAAAGACGGCAUUGCUUCUAUGGUAAAGGUCCAUGUUGAACACCCUCCAGAGGCUUCCGUAAACAUCCAUCAGGUGGAGAGAGUAGAUGGCCGUGCUCAUUCACCAAAUCAGGGCAUCAGAAUCCCUAUGUAUAGUGUACAGGCUCAGAGUAGCCCCAGGAUCAAUGGCUACACAGAAACAUCUGGCUACGGGUACUGCUUCAAACGACUAGAGAAUGGACAGUGUGCUUUGCCUAACUCUGGCCUGAGGACUCAGGAAGCCUGUUGUCGAAAAGAUGGAAUAGCUUGGGGCGUUCAUGACUGUAAACCCUGCCCCGGGUACCAAGGUGGUGUGGUUGGCAUUUCCCAUGAAACCUCCUGUCCCAGCGGCUUUGAGAAAAAUAAUGGAACAUGUGUAGAUAUUGAUGAGUGUAAAGAUCCAGCCGUGUGUCAGAAUGGAGACUGCACCAACAUUAGAGGGAAUUUUGUAUGUAUGUGCAAAGAAGGGUAUCUUCUGGAUUCCGCAAGAAGCAGCUGUAUAUCCCAUCAUGUGAUCUCAGAAGCUAAAGGCCCCUGCUUUCGGAUUUUGCGGGAUGGCGGUUGCUCUCUCCCUAUCCUCCGCAACAUCACCAAACAGAUCUGUUGCUGCAGUCGCGUGGGCAAAGCUUGGGGCAAAGCAUGUGAAAGCUGUCCUUCUUUUGGUACAGAUGGCUUUAAGGAGACCUGCCCUGCUGGGCCUGGUUACCAUUAUUCUGCAUCAGACCUGAAAAUUAACCACCGUUAUGUGGGGACAGAUCCGGCCAGGGUACCAGUACAGCUCCAACCUGGAUCCAGGACUUCGGUUGUGGCCACUGCCGCACCACCCCAGAGGCCUGUCACAAGUCGUUUCAUUGUUGAUGAGAGGAGACCCGACCGAGAACAGGCUAGAGGUCAAGCUCCGGACCAAAGGACAUCUGACACAAGACAGACUUCUAGCUUGGACAGGACACAAAUACAGAUAAACAGACCUUCAUUUACAAUUGAAAGACCUGUUGCUACCUUUACCCCAGAACAUGUGGAUACUGAGGUUGAGUCACCUCCUCGGGAGUCAAACUUAUGUGAGCUGAACCCACAGAUCUGCGGUCCUGGGCGCUGUGAGCCUCGUCCUGCCAGCUACACCUGUGUAUGCAACAACGGUUAUUGGUUGAAUACGCAGGGCACCCACUGUAUCGACAUGGAUGAAUGUCGGCAAAGGCCGAGCCCUUGCACCAGUGGACGAUGUGAGAACACAGUGGGCAGUUACCGAUGUGCAUGUUCUGCAGGAUUCAGCACCAAUCCACAAGGCACAGAGUGUACAGACAUUGAUGAGUGUAACAGUGGACAACAACUCUGCACCAAUGGUAGGUGUGAGAACACUCCUGGCAGUUACCGGUGUGUCUGCCCAGCAGGUUUCAGCCUUAACGCACAGGGCAAGGCGUGUGUAGACAUUGAUGAGUGCCGCCUGACUCCCAGACGCCUGUGCCUGAAUGGCCAAUGUGAGAACACACCUGGAAGUUACCAUUGUGUCUGUCGGGCAGGGUAUUCCGCCAAUGCACAAGGCACAGACUGCCAAGACAUCGAUGAGUGUCGGCAAACACCGCGCCCUUGCGGAUCAGGAAGAUGUCUCAAUACUCCUGGCAGUUUCCGCUGCUCUUGUCCUGUUGGAUACAGGCUGAACCCACAAAGCAAUGACUGCAUUGACAUAAAUGAGUGUGAGAAUCCUGGAGCCUGUGCAGGUCAAGAAUGUGUCAAUACUCCAGGAUCAUUUCAGUGUCGCCAGUGUCGUCCUGGGUACAGACUUCAGAACCGGCGCUGUGUGGAUAUCAAUGAGUGUCAGACAGCCUCCACUUGUGGGCCAAAUGGCAAAUGUAUCAACACGGAUGGCUCUUUCCAAUGCGAGUGUGUGCCAGGCUUCCGUCUGAACAGCGAUGGAACUCGGUGUACAGACAUUAAUGAAUGUCUGGAAGGGGAAUACUGCUUUCCACGUGGUGAAUGCCAGAACACAGAGGGCUCUUACAGAUGUGUGUGUGCAGAGGGCUAUGUCACCAGUCCAGAUGGAUCAUCAUGCGUUGACAAAGAUGAAUGUCAGCAGGGAACAUUCUGCCAAGGAGGCCGUUGCACCAAUACCGUUGGGUCUUUCCAGUGUUCUUGCCCUACAGGACUUCGAGCCACUGCUGACAAAUCCAGCUGUGCAGAUAUUGAUGAAUGCCGGGAGAGAGGACCAUCUAUCUGUGGAACUCAAACCUGUGAAAACACAUUGGGAUCCUAUAAAUGUAUAGCAGCUUGUGAUGCUGGGUACAAGUUGACUGCAUCUGGUGACUGUGCAGAUAUUAAUGAGUGCGCCAAUUCAACUAUCUGCGGAGAAAAUGCCAUUUGUGAGAAUCUGAUUGGCUCUUACCGAUGUACAUGUAACUGGGGUCAUGAAAUGUCCAGCGAGGGACAAAAUUGUGUGGAUAUAGAUGAGUGUUUGGAAUAUGGGGAUUCCAUCUGUGGAUCUAUGAGAUGCCAGAACACACCAGGAUCCUACAAGUGUAUAAGUGACUGUGAGCCUGGCUAUCAGCUAUCUUUAUCAGGGGACUGCACAGAUAUCAACGAAUGUCUAAAUAAAAGUGUCUGUGGGGGACAUGCACUAGUGGGAUCCUACCAAUGCCUUUGUGACCGGGGCUUUGAGGGGGAGAGGGGCGAUCUGCACUGUGUGGAUGUGAAUGAAUGUGAGACUCUACAAGGUGUGUGCGGGACAGCUCUUUGUGAAAACGUAGAAGGAUCCUUCCUUUGCAUCUGCCCAAAUAGCAAUGAAGAGUUUGAUCCAAUGUUUGGAAAAUGUAUAAGGAUUGCCGGUGCUGCACGGCCUGCCUUUCCAAGCAGUUCUGGAGCUUCCCGUGUGGACUUUGUACCAACCUCAGGCUUAAAGGAAUGUUACUUCAACCUAGAAGACCCCAAUGUGUGUCAGAAUGUGCUCUCUAGAAAUGUCAGCCAGGGUGAAUGUUGCUGCACUGUUGGCAAAGGUUGGGGUCAGGGCUGCCAAAUUCAAAGGUGCCCCAGCAUGGAAUCAGCUGAAUACCGAAACCUAUGUCCAGAGGGAGUGGGCUUUGUUACAUCAGGACAACAAUACCAAGAUGUUGAUGAAUGCAAGCUGUUUAGUCAAGAAAUAUGUAAAGGAGGAGUCUGUCUCAACAAGUCUCCACUGUUUGCCUGCUACUGCCCUAAUGGAUACUACUAUGAUGUCCAUCGCAUGGAGUGCGUCGAUAAUGAUGAAUGCCAAGAGGAAGAGGUCUGUGAAGGAGGCAUCUGUGUAAACACAGUGGGAUCUUAUUUCUGUACAUGUAACCCUCCACUUGUGCUUGAUUCAUCCCAGCAGAGAUGUGUCACCAAUACCAGCCAAGCCAUAGAUAACAAUAUAGCUUUGUGCUGGCAAGCGGUUGGUGCUGAUUUGGUAUGCAAGCGCCCUCUACUGGACAGACAGACAACAUACACUGAAUGCUGCUGUCUGUAUGGGGAAGCAUGGGGGAUGAGCUGUGCCCUGUGCCCAGCAAGGGACUCAGAUGAUUUUGAAGCCUUGUGUAACGUUCUGAGAACUCCAGGAUAUGGUAGUCCAGGAUCUCCCCCAAUAGACCCUUAUGAAUAUGGGUCAGAAUACGGACCAGGUUAUGGUGUUCCAUAUGGAGCUGACUCGAUUCCCAAUCCCCCUCCUAGAGUGGUAAGACCAGGAUAUGAAGCUUAUCCAGCACCUCCUGGAGUAGGAUUUGGCCAACGUUCACCAGUUCCCUAUAGUCCUCGGGACUCAGUGUACAGCCUUCCUCCUUACGAUUCUCCCGACUUUGAGUCUGAUAUUUCCUAUCCAGACUCUGGUUUAGAUGAACCAAGACCACCCUUCCGAAGACCAGAAACUCCAUAUGAUCCACGUCUGCAACCAUCUCCACCACGCUCCAGGCCCAGGAGUCCUACCUCUUCUAGGGUAGGAUUAGAAGAUGGGCGCCGACCUCAGCCAUGGCGACCUGGAGGUCGUGAUUUAGACAGCUGGAGAGGAGGCCUGAGAGAGGCAUAUGAUGACCGCUAUGAACAAUUUGAAGGACUACAAGCUGAGGAGUGUGGUAUUCUCAAUGGCUGCGAAAAUGGGCGUUGUAUCAGAGUUCCUGAAGGCUACACCUGUGACUGUUACGAUGGGUACAGGCUGGACAUGACAAGAAUGGCAUGCAUUGAUAUAAAUGAAUGUGAUGAAGCUGAGGAUCUUUCUCUGUUGUGCCUGAAUGGGCAGUGCCGUAACACCGAUGGCUCGUACGAGUGUACCUGUCCCCGUGGAUUUGUCUUGUCCCAACAGCACUACUGUGUCCCUUCCCAAGAAUAAAAUCCUCUCCACCCACUCCUAGGAGAACCAAAGACUUCCUGCAGGGGUUUAUUCUAUGUCCACAUAAUUGUGGGGACCAGGGGAUUGCAUGGAAAAACCAGAGAAAGAUAUUUAUUUGUCUGUAUAUAUUGCCAAGCGACUAAUGGUCUCUUUAGUGCAGUCAGUGGUGGGCAUUGCAACCCCUGAAAGUUUUUUUUUUCUUUUUUAAAACCUUCAUCUAUAUACUAUUUUACAUGUAACAUGUGGGGCCUUGUCCUCCCAUGUGUUGCCCACUGAUGUUUAUUUUCUGUCUUAAGGACAUUGGAAAUGAGAGAAAAUGUUAUAUUUUACAGUCUAGCAGCUAGCAAGCUUAUAUAAUGCUCCAUAAAUGCAAG